UGUUUCAUACCACCACUAUAUCGCAAGAAAGGCACACGCUUUCCUCGCACAGUAUGGCUCGCUUGAUUCCAGUCGUGAUCUGUUCAACCACGUUAGUUCGAGGAGGAUUUGUUUCAUUUACGAACGAAAUCGUGCGCAAAUAAUCCAAAAUUCACACCAUGGAUGACGAGUGGGAUGUCGAGAACGCUGAGGCGAAAUUCGACCUCGCUAUCAGAUCCAACAAGUGGGAGGGCGAAGACGAAGACGAGGAUGUCAAGGAUAGCUGGGAAGAUGUCGAAGAAGAAAAGAAGGAUGUAGAAAAACCCGCAGAAGUGCCUAAGGCUAAACCAAAGCCAAAGAAAGCUUUGGCAGAAAGAAUUGAAGAGCGUGAGAAAAAGGCAAAGGCAGAGGCAGAAAGGAAAGCUAAAGAGAAAGAGGAAGCAUUAACGCCAGAAGAGAGGAGAGCGGAACAAAUAAGGCGUCAAAGGCUCCAAGAAGAAGCUGAUUUACGCCUUGCCAUGGAGACUUUCGGUGUAACAGAAGAACCUGCUUUGAGUCUAGAUACGACGGUACCUAGCACAAAAGAAGAAUUUGAGCAGUAUGGAAGUGUACUUACACAGAAGCUAAAUCAACUUGCUAAAAAUGCCGAGUUUCCUCCGUUUGGGGAAGAACUUAUUAAAUCUGUUGCUCUCAAUUUAUCCUCAGCGCAUUUGAAGAAAGUUAAAACGUUGAUCGAUAAUUUGUUGAUUGAGAAGCAGAAAAUCGAGAAAGGAGAAAAGGCGAAGAAGAACAAGGGCAAGGGGAAAGCAAAACUGAAAAUCGAAGAUGACAACACUCUUUUGAGCGAAUACGGCGACUAUGUUUACGAUGACUACGACGAUUUCAUGUAGCGACCUUCUCAUCCCAUAUUCUUAUUAUUCCCUAAUUCCUUUUCUAGUCGCCUAAAUACAAGCAAAUGGUUAUUAACA